AGAAGAGACAGGGAGGCGCGGGGGGAGCUGCCAUGGCUGCCCCCGAGGCGCGCGCCAGCCCGGAGCGCAUCCUCUGCCUCUUCGACGUGGAUGGGACCCUCACGCCGCCUCGCCAGAAAAUUGAGCCUGAGAUAGCAGAGUUUCUUGAAGAGCUGCGAAAGAGGGUGAUGAUCGGUGUGGUGGGCGGCUCAGACUACUCCAAAAUAGCUGAGCAGCUGGGAGAAGGGGAUGAAGUCAUCGACAAGUUUGAUUACGUCUUUGCGGAAAAUGGCACCGUGCAGUACAAGAACGGGCAGCUAGUCUCCAAGCAGGCUAUCCAGAACCACCUUGGGGAGGAACUUCUGCAGGAACUGAUCAACUUCUGUCUCAACUACAUGGCACUUCUAAAGCUGCCCAAGAAACGGGGGACCUUCAUAGAAUUCCGUAAUGGAAUGUUGAACAUCUCUCCCAUUGGUCGAAGCUGCACCUUUGAGGAACGGAUAGAAUUUUCUGAGCUGGACAAGAAAGAGAGGAUCCGAGAGAAGUUUGUAGCUGCUCUGCAGAGGGAGUUUGCUGGCAAGGGCCUCCGGUUUUCCCGAGGUGGCAUGAUUAGCUUUGAUGUCUUCCCAGAGGGCUGGGAUAAGCGUUAUUGUCUCGACAUCCUGGAAGACGAGAGAUUUGAUACCAUACACUUCUUUGGGAAUGAGACGACCCCUGGUGGGAACGAUUACGAAAUCUACGAUGACCCCCGCACGGUAGGACACAGCAUCCAAUCUCCCCAGGACACCGUCCACAGGUGCCGGGAGCUCUUCUUUCCAGAGACAGUGAAUGAAUCUUGACUCCUGGGCCUCCUGGCGCGCUGCUUCUUCAUCAUCCCUCAAAGGAGACCCUCACUCACAUCAUGCAAGCACUUUUUGGAUCCUUUUAGGACUUGUUGAGGCACAAGGUCAAAGGGCACUUUGGAACGGAGGUGAAGUGUUAAAACAGGAGGGAGGUAAUGACCCUUUUAGCAGUAGUAGAACCACCUCUCGCUACCGGGGAUUUGCAGAACCCCAAAUGCGAUGUCCUCAUACUCACCGUCACCACCCACACAAAACGAGGUAAAGUUGUAUUGCUUUGAAGGGAAUUGUUCUAGCAAAGGCCUUUUCGUAAAAGCCUAAUCAUCACGUGGCCUCCUUCUCCAAAGGAGUCUAUUUCACUCAAAGGAAUUGUUUCUGAGAUUAACCUCAUAAAGAUUCUAUAUUUUAAAGGGAACAGGGUCUAGGCUUUCAAAGUUCAAGACUUGUAGUAUUUUCAUAUUCUUGUAUGUCAAUGUGGUCUGCAAAUUAUUUUUUGAAAAGAAAAAUUGGCACCAGGUUCUUUUAAAGCAAAUAAUGUCUAUGAUAAAGGAAGGUGCAAAAUAAUGAGCAAUAAUGGCUUCAAUCUGGAACUAGUCUCAUUUUUAAAAAAGAUACGGAUACGUGACUAGCUGUGCCAGAAUGCAGAUGGUGUAUGCUGGCAUCCACGCAUAAAUGUGAUCUUGGAUGUCCACCUGAUUUAUGCCUGUGACUCCUGAUCUAGCAGGCAACGCUUGUGCAGAAUACUUGCUCCAGCACACAGAUCUGCUUUGCUGGAUCAGGCUGAGGGUAGAUUUCAAAAUUAAUUUGAAUGACUUAUGAGCAGCAUUAGGAUUGUGCUGUCAUAACAGAAACAAACAGGGAAGUAAAGUACCAGAAGUAAAUAGGUGUUAGUAUUAAAAUUAGCUCAGGCAAAGACCAUUGUCAGGACCCAGUUCUAAAUACACUGGCACAUGCAUUAAUUCAGCUGGAGAUUAAUAUCAUGCUUGCCUAUAGAGUAAUCUUAAGGUGUGGAGGGAGGGAAUUGGUAGCCAGGAAAGGA